AUGGCUGAUCAGUGUGAUCUGUGUCUGCUGGGACUGAUCAUUCUCUCUUCACUUCUCACAGGUACGAUUGGAGCAGAAGUGACUAGUGUGUUUAUCAGUUCUGGUGAAAAUGUCCGUCUUCCCUGUAAUAAUGCUCUUUCUGACUGCAAAUCAACUACAUGGAGCUAUAACAGAUUCAGACAUUCAGCAGUUGAACUGAUUAAUGGAGGGAUAAAGAAUAAAGACACAGAGAGACACGAGAGACUGAGUCUGGGGUCUGACUGCUCUCUGAACAUCAAGAACGUCACAGAAGAAGAUUAUGGAUUAUACACCUGCCAACAAUGGACAGGUUUGGAAGGAAAACAAAAACAAGGAACUGAUGCAGAUGUUUUUCUGCAUGUUCUUCAUGUUUCAGUCUCUCCAUCAUCAUCAUCAUCAUCUUCAUCAUCAUCAUCAUCAUCAUCCUCACAGACUGAGAUCAGUCCAGGUCGCUCUGUGACUCUCUCCUGUCAGCUGUAUUCAUAUACUGGAUCCCCCUGUGAUGAUUUGGUUCGUUCUGAGGGUCUUCAGAUGUUGUGGGUGAAUCAGGCUGGUGUUGAUCUGAAGACAGACUCCAGAUAUCAGAUAUUAUUCUCAUCAUAUCUCUGUAUCAUCACUCUGACUACAACACUCCUGAAUGAAGAUGACAACAGAGAGUGGAGAUGUCAGCUUACUCUCAGAAAUCAACUCCAGACCUCAGUCAGAUACACUGUCAAGUAUUCAGAGAAUCAGAAGAUCCCAACCUCUCUAGUGAUUGUGAUUGUUGUCGCUUCAUUCGCUGUUCUCCUUCCUGCUCUUAUUCUCUGGAUGAUUCGCAGAAAAAGAGACGAUAACAGAAGAGGAACUGAUGACUCUGAGGAUCAUCAAACACGACCUGUCUAUCCAACAGGACAGAACACUCUUCCUCAACAGGAGCAGACAGAUGAUCAUGUGACUUAUUCUGAGGUCACUGCGUACAGUAAAAACCAAGACCAAAAGAAGAAGGUUCGCUGUGAUGAUAAAGUGACUUAUGCUUCCAUCAGAGGAGCAAAAGCUGGAUCUCAGGAAAACUGCAGUGAACUUUAUGCCUCUGUGAACAAGAACCAUCACAAAUCAGUCAAAUAAUGACACAAAAACCACAUGAGCAGAAGAAGAUGAAUCUAAUAGAACUGAGUCCUAAUGGUGUCAUUCAGUGCCAUUAUAAAUACUUUCAAUGUCUUUUACAUGUUCACAAACAAACCCAAGUCAUGCUCUGAUUUAUGUGUAGUUAUUGCUUAUUUUUCUCAGUUCAGCAUGUUUUUUGUAUAGUUUCUGUCUGCUUGUUGAUCAGUUAAUGCUAGUGUCUUUAUUAUUCAUUCAGAGCUGCAGGUUUGGACUAGAAAAUGACGACACUUUUACUCUCUUACAUCAUUCUCAUUAAAUGACAAAUAAAUGGUGAAAUUAUAACAGCAUUAGCAUUUUUUUAAAGCUGCAAC